UGUGAUCACAAAAAAUAAAUACAAAUAAAAAAGGUGAAUAAAAUUAGUGGGGUAAGGUGUUGUAAACAAAACAUUGUAGAAGGUAAAAAUGAUGUAUGUGUUGAAUUAUGAUGUGGAAGAGAGAGAAGAUGAUGUGAAGUAUUAAAAAAGAAAAAGUGGGAUUAAAUGCAGUAAUCAGUAUGCAUUAAUGCAUGUGUCAUGUCUGCAUUAGAGAAAAAAAAAUUGAAGAAAACGCUGCGUUUUGUUAGCAUAAAAGAAGUACAUGACGUGGUCGUGUGAAAGUCAACAAUUAACAAACUCCAAACCGAUCCUAAACCGGGUUAAUAAACCGGAUGGUAGGUAAUGUGUGUUGUUUUAAAUGUGCGGUUUACUACACAUUAGAUAAGAGUGUACCAGUCUUGUGUUUGUCUCUGUUUUCACUCACGCCGGAAUUAAGAAGAACGUGUUGGGUUGAAAGAGAGAAGACGGGGACGAGACGAGAGAAAUAAAUCUCGCCACCAUUGACUCCGCACUUAAUGACAUUUUUAAAGCGAACGUUUCUCCUCAUCUUCCUCCUAUUCAUAUGGAAAGCAUUUUUAUUUCCUUUUGCCAUUUCGUCGCCAAGUUCAUUGACAUUGAGAUAAGAGUCAUAGAGUCAUAGAGAGAUAGAGAGAGCUCUCUUCUUCAGUUAGUUCGAUUCUUUCGGCGCAAGUUUUCUCUUUUAUUCGAAACAUCCAUUAGCCCAAAAACAAAAAACUAACUCUGGCAAUGUCUAUGGUGAGUUUGUAUCGGAGGUCCCUUACCUCCCCUCCCGUGAUUGAUUUCGCUUCUCUUGAAGGCAAGCAAAUCUUCAAUGAAGCGCUUCAGAAAGGCACUAUGGAAGGAUUUUUUAGGCUCAUUUCUUAUUUUCAGACUCAGUCUGAGCCUGCCUUUUGUGGCUUAGCUAGUCUUUCUAUGGUUUUGAAUGCUCUCUCUAUUGAUCCUGGGAGAAAAUGGAAAGGUCCUUGGAGGUGGUUUGAUGAAUCUAUGCUGGAAUGUUGCGAGCCGCUGGAAAUAGUCAAGGAUAAAGGCAUUUCAUUUGGCAAAGUUGUUUGCUUGGCUCAUUCUUCUGGUGCUAAAGUUGAAGCUUUCCGCACUAAUCAGAGCACCAUUGAUGAUUUCCGCAAGUUAGUUGUCAAGUGUUCCACUUCUGAUAAUUGUCAUAUGAUCUCAACAUAUCAUAGAGAACUACUUAAGCAGACUGGAACAGGCCAUUUUUCACCGAUUGGUGGUUAUAACGCUGAAAGAGAUAUGGCUUUGAUUCUUGAUGUCGCGCGUUUCAAGUAUCCUCCUCAUUGGGUUCCUCUUAAACUUCUUUGGGAUGCCAUGGACAGUAUUGAUCAGUCAACUGGGAGACGUAGAGGGUUCAUGCUUAUAUCAAGACCCCACAGAGAACCAGGAUUGCUCUAUACUCUAAGUUGUAAGGAUGAGAGCUGGAUCAGCAUUGCAAAGUAUUUGAAGGAAGAUGUUACUCGUCUUGUAAGCUCACAACACGUUGAUACUAUAGAAAGAAUCUUAUAUGUUGUAUUCAAGUCACUUCCGGCAGAUUUCAACCAAUUUAUCAGAUGGAUGGUUGAGGUUCGAAGAGUAGAGGAUUUUAAUCAAAAUCUCAGCUCAGAGGAGAAAUCAAGGCUCGACUUGAAGCAAGAGUUACUGAAACAAGUGCAAGAAACUAAACUGUUCAAGCAUGUGGAUAAGCUUCUAUCCUCUGUGGGUUACGAAGACAAUCUGCCAUAUGUUUCUGUCAAGGUUUAUUCCCAAGGAGGAGAAAUCUUAUCGGGCAAUGAAUCAGAUGAGUCCUGUUGCGAGGAAACUUGUGUGAAGUGCAUCAAAGGUCUUGGUGAGGAGAAAAUGACAGCUUGUCCAUCUGGGAACGAUGUGUUCACUGCUCUUCUAUUGGCUUUACCUUCACAGACUUGGUCAGGUAUCAAGGACCAGUCACUUUUGCAAGAAAUGAAACAGCUCAUUUCCAUGGUUAACCUCCCGACUCUGCUUCAGCAAGAGGUUUUGCAUUUACGACGCCAACUUGAGCUACUUCAACGAUGCCAGGAGAAUAAAGAAGAAGAAGAACUCAGUGCUCCUGCCUAAUUUUAUACACAACAACAACUCUCUAAUUUCUCAACAACCAACAAAAACACUAGGAAACAAUUAGGAAAAGGAAUUUAUCCCUCUGGUCUUGUCUGGUCCAUAAAUCAGCAAAAACUAUGUAUUCUCUCCAUUACAUCCAUGAGAGACAUUCAAAGGUAAA